AAUAUUCUAAGCAACCGAGUGAGUAAUCAACAUUAAAAAUGGCUGACUGGCAAGGAACUGUUGCUGUUAACACGGCAGGCGCAGAAGAUCACAUUUCAUCUUUUACAGAAAAACUUUUUAAACGGGAAGAAGAAAGGCAAGCACAACUGCAAAAACGAAAACAAGAAGAAAGUGAACAGUCAUUUAGAAUUCAAGAAAGUGUUCAACUAUUUUUAGAUUCAUUUAAAUCAGAGCUUCAAAUACUGAAAUCACUGCUCGUUGAAUCCAGUAAAAUAGAGUCUACCAGGUUAAUAGAACAUUUUGAUAAUUUAUCAUUACGUGUUUCAAAGCUACAGCGGUAUGUUUCUGAGUCAGCAAUGUUUCUUCCUCCAUAUGAGUUAAAAACAGCUCAAAAUUUGAUAACAUCUCUUCAAAGUGGUAUUCAAGAAAAGAGGGAUGAACUUUUGCCAAAAAAGAAGUUUGCCUUUAAAACAUCUAACAGAAAAGCUGACAGAAGAACUGCUAUGCCUGAGAACACAAAAAGUGAAGAGACAGCAAAGGAUUCAAAAUCAGAAGAUGAUUUAGUAAUUGAAUUAGCGGCGUGUAAAUUUGUAGGGGUUUCCAACAAGACUCUUCAAAAAAAUGGAAAUGAAAUAAAUAAAAAGGACAUUGCUUUGGCAAGCUUAACCGAUUGUACAGUUCUUCUCUAUGGUGCCCCUUCUGCUAUUCACAUGAAUAAACUAAAGAAUUGUAAAGUGUUUUGUGGCCCAGUGCCAGGUUCUAUAUUUAUCAGAGAGUGCAUCAAUUGUACAUUUGUGCUGUCCUGUCAACAACUAAGGAUUCACUCAACAACAAACUCACAUUUUUACAUUCAUGUAACUAGCAAAGCCAUAAUAGAAGAUUGUAAUGGCAUUAAAUUUGCACCUUGCAAUUGGACAUAUGAUGGUCAAGAAGAGGAUUAUGCCACCACAGGUCUGACUAAAGACAGAAACAAUUGGGAUAAAGUUGAUGAUUUUAAUUGGUUAGCUGCUGAUGCUCAUUCUCCAAACUGGUCAAUUCUUGAUGAGUCAGAACGUAUAACUUCUUGGAGCUUUUAAGUUAUUUAGUUUUUAUAAUGUUACAUCCAUUAAAGUGUUACUAUCAUUGCAGACUUAUCUAAAUAAUUAGCUUUAUUUAUUAUAGGCCUGUUUAUACAAAUUUAAAAGAAAUGCAUAUAUUGUUAAUUUUGUUUCCUUAGAAGAAGCACAAAAAUAGAAAAUAUAACAGCUUUUAUAUAAAUUGCUCUAUUAAUAAUAUUAUUAUAGAUAGUACUUACAUUAUUCACCAUCCACAUUAAUUUAAAUGAAAUUCUUCUUCCUAUCAGGGCCUCUAGAAUUUCUGUCCUAAUAUUCUACUACUUUAACCUUUGUUAACUUUGUUUAAGCAUCUUUAGCAUCUAAAGUUGGGCUUGUGUAUUGAAAUUAAACCUUUAUCAAAUCAAUAUUUUUUUUAAACUGGAUUUUUCGUAAAAUUGCUUUGACUAUUCUUUAGGCGAAUUUCAUUUUUUAAAAUUUGAAUAAAAAAACUGAAGCUACCUUAGUCAGAUUGUAGUUGGUAUUAUUAUUAUAUAAUUACUAUAAAUGAUGUUUUAAUUAACUUUUGCAAAUACUAUUUAAAAAAACAUUUUAUUCAACCAAGCCUCCUUUCUUAUUCUACUUAACUAGUUAACAGUGCAAGGAGUAAGAACAUGAGGUAGAGGGCAACGUUUUGUUUUGAUGGUGCCUUUUUUGAAUCAUGGCCAAAAGCCAAGAUGUAAUUAUAGCUUGAGUCUAGGUAAAGUUAGUUAUUACUGUAGGUAUGUUUUCAACUUAAGUCAUUAUAUGCUAUGAAAAUAGCUAAAUUCCUUGUCAUAGGGUAGUGUUUGUAGAAGAAAAUGUUAUUUUUACCACGUUGUCACUUGUUAUCUCAUGUAAUAGAAUGAAAUAUUCUGUGAUCUUUGUGUGUGUACAGUUGUUUGGCUGAGUCCAGUUAUGGACAAUUUUUUUAGCUUACACAUUGGUGGGGGUAAACAACUUUUAUUUUUAUAGACAGAACACUUAAAAUCUUUGCUGUAAGCAACAACAGACAUGGUAUGAACUGAUUGCUAGAUUUAGAAGUGAAUUAUUUUUUAAAUUUUACAUGAAUCAGUUAUGCCUUUGUCCUCACUUAUUUAUAAAAGUUAAAAUGGUUACAAUAUCUUCUAAUUGAUUAAUUAGCACUAGUAAUCUCUAAUGAUUCACAAGGAUCUUUAACUUGCCAUGUUAAAAAAACAAAAAACAUUUUAUACUGGUAUAAUAAAAUUAUUUCAUACUCUUUU